AGGCCGCCCCUUGUUCCCGCGGCAGCGGGAAGGAAGGCUGCUGCUGCUGCUGCUGCUGCUGCCGCCUCCGCUGAAAAGGCAACAGAGCGCGCGUCGACCGGACCGGUUCAUCCCCCGACCCUCGCCCCGGCUUGAGUGAUCCCAGCGCCUGCCGCACCGGAGCCUGCGCAUGCAUGGAGGACACGCCGAGACAGCGCAUGGAACUGAGGGAGGGGCGUUGAUUUAAUUGACCGGCUGCACAACGACAUGAAUGGACAGAAGCAGUCAGCUGCAGUGUAAUAACAUUUUCUAAAGACAAUCCACCCAUGUGAGUUCGCAGGCUGACUGUGCCUCAGCUCCAAUCAGCCUCUUUGCCUACCAGCCGGCUGCCGCUAAUGAGCCUUUGUGUGACAGGGAGAGCAACACUAUGACAAAGAGAGAGAGCUAAAGUGUGAAAGAUUCUCAUCUUGCUUCUUGUAAUUAAGCAUGUAAUAUCGACAGUCUCAUCUCUCAAGCUGCAACCCCCUUUCUUUGUCUUUUUUUUUAAACCUCAUGCUGAUAGACCUCUGAGUCCGCUGCAUGUCAGUGGACUUGAAACAAAAUGGGAAGCUCGUCAUCCGCAAGGUGUGAAUUGCCGCAUUCAUGAUUGUGUAACGGUCCUGCUGUGAGAAGAGGUAAAAGGAGUCCGAGUCUGCCAGCGGAUGCAGGUGCAGAUGUGUCAGGCCAUGAGCGGAAUACUGAAAAGGAAAUUCGAGGAGGUGGAAGCCUCCUCCUCCCCGUGCUCUUCCUUGAGGGAGUCUGAUGAUGAGGUAUCCUGCAGCGAGAGCGGGGACAGCAGCGACAGCGUCAAUCCGUCCACCUCUGGCCCUUUCACCCCGGGCUCCAUCCUGAAGCGGGAGAAGCGUCUGUGCACGAGGAGGGUGCACUUUGAGAAGGUGACCGUGUACUACUUCAGCAGGAGGCAAGGCUUCACUAGCGUGCCCAGCCAGGGCGGCAGCACGUUGGGCAUGUCCAACAGGCACAGCUGGGUCAGGCAGUACUCCCUUGGCGAGUUUGCCAUGGAGCAGGAGAGGAUCCACAGGGACAUGCUGAGGGACCAUCUCAAGGAGGAGAAACUCAACUCCAUCAAACUCAAGCUUACCAAGAACGGAACAGUCGAGUCCGAGGAGGCCAACACUCUCACUGCCGAGGACAUUUCUGACGACGACAUCGACCUGGACAACACGGAGGUGGAUGAGUACUUCUUCCUGCAGCCGCUCACCACUAAAAAGCGACGGGCCCUGCUCCGUACGUCCGGGGUCAAGAAGAUUGACGUGGAAGAGAAGCAUGAACUUCGGGCCAUUCGUAUGUCCAGAGAGGACUGCGGCUGUGAUUGUAGAGUCUUCUGUGAGCCAGAGACCUGCGCCUGCAGCAAUGCGGGGAUCAAGUGCCAGGUAGACCGCAUGUCAUUUCCAUGUGGCUGCACAAAAGAAGGCUGCAGCAAUUCGAGUGGCAGAGUGGAGUUCAACCCCAUCCGCGUUCGGACCCAUUUCCUGCACACCAUAAUGAAGCUGGAGCUGGAGAAGAGUCGUGAGCAGGAGCAAGCUUCCCCCACCAAUGGUUACCACGGCAACGAGGCAGUCGGCUCCAACCCCCUGGUUCAGUCUCAGCACAGGUUGGACUACGCUUUGCCCGACGCUGUCCCCCAAAGCGCCGCCGUGCACCUACAGACGGCCGGCGAGAUGGACGAGCCGCUGGAGGACGAGGAAGAGGAUGAGGAGGACGACGAUGACGAGGAAGAGGACAACGAAGACGAGGAGGACAGCAGCAGCGUUUUCAGCGGCCUUUCGGACUCCAGCACUCAGAGUUUAGCCAACAGCGAGUCGGAGGACGAGGAAGACGAAGACGAGGAUGAGGACAGGUCGGAGAAUUUGUGUCACACAGAGGUGGUCCCCUUGGCCUCGGUGCUGUGUUACGGCGACGACGACAACCACGUGAACGGGAACGCUUAUUUAAUUAACUCCCCCUCGGCCGAGUACUAUCAGCUCGGGAAUUCUGGCCCCGCCCCCGGUGGCCCAAGCAGCCAAUCGGGCGAACCCUACGGGGAAGCCUUAGCAUUCCAAGAGUCAAUCAGCGGCACCCAAACCCAGGGCGCCUUCCCCAAUCAGCCAGUGGAACAAUACUCUACGAAUUUUAACUUGGGCGGAAACGGACCGGUAGCCGCCAUGAACCACUAUGCCAACGAACGUGACAAGCAGCUAACGUCCAAAGCGGACUUUGUGGAUCCGCCUGAGAACCAGUAUCAGAACUAUCUGAACAAUAACGCCCACGCUCCGUUCAGCACUCACGGCUCAUGCGCGACAGCCGAGCCGCCGCAGCAGUCCAACGUGAAUGGACACGCCGACUUGAACUUACUUGCAACGAGUACCAAGAAUCUGUCUUUACCGGCCGUGUAGGUGGUGCUACACGUUUGCAUCUUGAAUGGUUGAAUCGAGGCAAUUUUCAACUUUUGUUUGUCGAAGACGUUUCACCUUUAAUCCGAAAGGCUUCAAAAUUUUCAGUGGGGGGUCUCCCAGGGGUGGGGAGUGCAGUGACCUUGGAGGUUCAAAUCUACAGGCUUGUAAACAAUUAAAAAUCAGUUUGUACUUUCUUAUGAGCUCGCAGGAUUGAGGGUACACAUAUACAGAAAUGUUUUGGUCUUACAUUUUAGCUUUACACUAAAAUAAAGGAAGAUGGACCAUGAAUUAAUAUGAAAGACAGUUUAUUAACCUACUUAGGAUUGUUAGCUUAUUUCUGAUUUUAAGUCUUCAAAGCGUUGGCUCAGACAACUUGACAAAAUGUUACAAGUCUGGCGUAAACAAUCAUAAAGUCUUUAAAUCAGAAUACACAACAAUAAUGCACACAAAUCUGUGGCAAUCUUUAAACAUGGACUGCCCUGCAAUUUUCUAGACACGAUACAUCUACGUAAAUAUUAUGCGCUUUACUAAUUGUUCUUCAAAGUCUGUGUGCCUGUAUUUGAUUUGUGCAUGGUUUUAAAAAUGUUUGUUAAAGUAUUUUGUUUUUUUUUACAACUCAAUACGUAACGUGAUGUUUUCUAAAAAUCUUGCACACAAGAAAUACACCAAAUAUAUAUUUUCUAAACACUGCCGCCUUUGUGAUCUGAAAAUCACAUUUUACUACAUUGGGAUGUUGAUUUGAAUUUGUUUAAUUGUUCAACUCUAGUGCUCUCGAAGCAAUAUUGAGUUAAGCUGAACUGAAACCCUCCCCCCCCCCAAAAGAUUGUCUCAUUCCAUGACGGAGUGGCCCUAGCGAGUGGUUUAGCCAGGCGCGCAAACUUCCAAUUAGCAACAAUACCCUCCUGUCACCACCUCGAUCGAACCCAGGAAGAAAUAAUGAGACUCCACAUCGAAAAUAUUGAUUAAAAAAAAAAAA